UUAAAUGUCAGUUUAUUUCAACCCCAAAGACACGCCUAUGUUUUUUUGCGAAAAAAUACGAGUACAUAAAUUACUCUACAAGAAAAACCCCUUGGAAAUAUGAGAUGUGAAGAUAUUCUUUUUAAGUUAAAUAAUGUACUUUUAUGACAAUGUGGCAACAUAGGUAGGAAAAACACCAGAGAAAAACAAAAAUUAACCGGCGGCCUUCAAAAUCUUCUAAAUAAUUUUUAAUUUGUUUGAAAAAUAGAAUUCUACUACCCACUCCUAAAAAACUUUUGCGUUAAUUUAAGAAUCAUCCUGUAUGUGCAAUAAAACCACCCUCAAAAAAAACUUAAUAAAAAAGUUGAAAUACAACCAGUAAAUCACAAAAUUAUAUUAAAAAAAUACAUUAUGCAACCAAUUUAACACUAAAUAACGUACAACCUUUGUAUUGAUUUACGCACGGUUGAUUGUCUGCGUUAACAUUUUUAAUGAUAAAUAUUUAAACAUUCCAGAAAAUUCUCAUUUUUUCCUCUUAAUUUCAUGUAAUUGUCACCACUAACAUUUCCGUUUUACUAAAAACUAUAUUUUACCUUGAUUUUUAAAGACAUUUAAAGCAAAUACACAGCAAAGGAAGAUCAAAAAAUGGCCGGUGAUUUGAACCAAAAAGUGGAGGAGUGGUUACGAUGGGACAAGAACCCGAAAACCAGGGACGAAAUAAAAAAAUUAGCCGACCAAAAUCAGACAAAAGACUUGGAAAAAAUUCUGAUGAAAAGAGUGGCGUUUGGUACGGCGGGUUUGAGAGGUAAAAUGGCCGCGGGAUAUGCGUGCAUGAAUGAUCUGGUGAUAAUACAAACGGCUCAGGGUUUUUUGAAGUACCUAGAACAAAACAGGGCUGCUGCUUUAAAGGCCGAGGGCCUUGUGAUUGGGUACGAUGGGAGGCAUAACAGCAAAAGGUGGGCUCAGCUGACGACUACCAUUUUUGUUACCGCCGGCUAUAAAGUCAGACUGUUUGGAGAUUACGCUAUAACGCCGUUUAUUCCGUUUUCUGUCAAAAAAUACGGAUGCGCGAGCGGUGUCAUGGUUACUGCGUCACACAAUCCUAAAGAUGACAAUGGCUAUAAGGUUUACGACUGUAACGGAGCUCAAAUUGUCCCUCCCUGCGACAGAAUGAUCCAGAACAGCAUUAUGGAAAACCUGGAACCCAAAGACUCUUCCUGGAAAGUAGAAAUAUUGCAAAAUCACCCUCUCGUAAUAGAUCCGAUGAAGGACGCUUUGGACAGCUACUUAAAAACGGUUAUUCAGGACAUGAUUCAUCCAGACUACAUCGAAUGCAACAAGAAAGUCGGUUUGACGUUUACCUACACUCCACUACACGGGACGGGGUAUAUGCCCGUGGAAAAAGUGGUGCAGGUGGUUGGGAUCAAGAUUGCUACAGUUCCGGAACAGAAGGAACCUGAUCCGGAUUUUCCAACAGUCAAAUUUCCCAACCCCGAAGAAGGCAAGAGCAGUUUGGACCUGUCCUUCAAACACGCAGCACUGAAUAACUCGUCUGUCAUUCUAGCCAACGAUCCUGACGCUGACAGGUUCGCUGUGGCCGAAAAAAACAACAAGACAGGCGAAUGGAAAAUAUUCACUGGAAACGAACUGGGCGCCCUCUUCGGUUACUGGACCUUCCAGACUUACAAAAAAUUCAAACCGAACGCUCCCGUGAAUAAAGUUUACAUGAUUGCCAGCACUGUCAGCUCGAUGAUACUGAAAACUAUGGCCAAGCGUGAAGGAUUCAAUUUCGUUGACACUCUGACUGGAUUCAAAUGGAUUGGUAACAAGGCUUUGCAACUGGAAAAAGAAGGCUUCGACGUCAUUCUAUGCUUCGAGGAAGCUAUCGGUUUCAUGUGCAACAGCAAAGUAACCGACAAGGAUGGCGUGUCUGCCUUGGCUCUUUUUUCCUGUCUAGUUUCACAGCUUUACGGGAACGGGCAACAGAUCGUGGACAAACUGACCGAAAUCUACGAUUACUACGGAUUCCACAUGUCGAAUAAUUCGUACUACUUUUGUCACGAACCUCCCAAGAUCACAGCGAUCUUUAAAAGGAUCAGAAAUUUUGGAGGAAAGGAUAAAUAUCCUUCAGGAAUUCUCAACAACAAAUAUAAAAUCGUGUCGAUCCGCGAUCUGACAACGGGGUACGACAACAGUCAACCUGGCAACAGGGCGAUUUUGCCAGUGUCGUGCCAAUCGGAAAUGAUCACGUUUGUUUUUGACAACGGUCUCUUUAUAACCUUGAGAACCAGCGGUACCGAACCGAAAGUUAAGUAUUAUUCCGAACUCUGUAUGAGUCCUGAUGUUAAAGACAAAGCAGUAGUUGAAUCGACUUUAAACGAAAUGGUUGCUGCCAUAUGCCAGGAGUUCUUUGAACCAGACAAGAACGGACUUAUUCCACAAACGCGUUAAAGAAAGCACGAAAACGACAUUCCACUUUUUAUAUGAUCUGAAUUAAUUUAUUCUACACACUAAAUUCAACAAUGUUCCUUGUAAUUUAUUAACUAUUAAAUUAUUCGUAACUUUAAGAACUUUUA